AUGAAGCAUACAAACUUACAUGCUGAAAAAUCACUAUUGCAUGAAAUUAAAAAAGCAAGUGACUCUAUACGACGUAAACAUAAAUUAAUUAAAUAUGGUCGAGUUGAAAAUGAAAGAAUAACAAGUUACACUCCCAUUUGGACAACUGACGUUUUAACAAUCUCAAAAGUAUUGAAUACAAUACCGAUAACUUACAAGCUUGCUGACUAUCAAGAUAACAAUGUUGGAGGAUGUUUUUAUCAAGAAGAACUGAGCCCAGUACGCUAUCCAGAUAUAUAUCUUGUCGAAAAAUUUUUAAAAAAACGUAAAAAUAAAGUACUUGUCAGAUGGUUAGGUUUUGAUUUUGAACAUGAUACAUGGGAAAAUGAAUCAGAAUUAAGAAGAAUUAUAUUUACAAUGCUCAGGCCUAUUUUCUAA